AUGCCGCCUUUCAAGCCUCGGGAUCGCAAGCAAAGGCAUAGGCGGCAUGAUAGAAAGGUAGCUGCCACGCCCGCCGAUACCAAUGUUGCCGAAAUCAUUCCCGUCUCCAAUUCAGAAAAAGAGGCCAAGCGACAGCAACUGAGGGAUCAGCUUCGGGAACAGCAACCUAAGAUGUCUUCAAAGAAGAAGAAGCGUCUUGAUAAAUAUAUUGAAACCAAAUUGAGGAAAGAAGAGGGUCUAGAGUUAAUGAAAAAGCUUGCCGAAACGAAGGUCGAUCUUUCCGAGUUUCGAAGCAUCAAGGACUCUGGUAAAAAGGAAAGAAGUCACCUCGGUACCACAGAUACAACACAGCACGCUUCAGAAGCACAUCUUUCAGGCGAUGACUCGGAUGAGUUCGAAACCGGAUUAGGCGAGAAAAAUGCGACUGCUCCUGAUCUAAAGAAACCCGCCCCUCAGGUAAAGAUUGGAAUUGGCUUGAAGCGGCCACUUGAACUUGGAGAAGAUGGAUUUCCAGUUCUCAAGAGAAAGAGGACACGCAAAAUCGAGUCCGCGCCCAAAGAUCUUCCUUGGGAAGGGUUUGAUUCUAGUGAAGACGAAAGAGAGAGUGAUAAUGCAGAUCUGGAAAAUCUAUCGGUAGACUCUAAGGAAGAGAGAAGUGAAGUUGAUUCGGAAAAUGAAUCCGAGGAUGUACUCCCUUCAGGAAGGAGUAGCGAAGACGCCACCAGCGAUGAGAGCGAAGAUGAAGAUGAAGACGAUGACAAUGAUGGCAAACAGACAACACUUAUUCGCCCAAGACAGUCCGCAUUUAAAUCAUGGGCCACGAGUAGAAUAAAUGAAUCCGUGGGAUUUAAGCCUAGCGCUGAUCAGCCACUUUCAGAGCAAUUCUCUUUGUCAGCCAAAUUAAUGGUCAAGGAAGGCAAAGUGCCAAAAAAUUCUAUGUAUGAGGACUAUCCACUUCCUCAGGAACUCCAACCUACCACGAGAGACCCAAACCGCAAGGCUUUUAGUGUCCAGGUGGAUAGGCCAGAAGGUAUCCAAGAAGCACGGUUAAAGCUUCCGGUGGUUGGUGAAGAACAAAAAAUUAUGGAAGCUAUUUUCAAUAACUCGUCUAUUGUUAUUUGGGGAGCGACAGGUAGUGGUAAGACUACCCAACUACCGCAAUUUCUCUUUGAAGCCGGUUUUGGCCACCCGGACAGCCCCAAUCCUGGAAUGAUAGCCGUCACCCAACCUCGACGAGUCGCGGCAGUCAGCAUGUCGAAACGAGUUGGUGACGAGCUUGGCCAAUAUUCUGAUCGCGUAUCAUAUCAAAUUCGAUUUGAUACCAAUGUUUCUAGCAAAACAGCUAUCAAAUUCAUGACUGACGGUAUUUUGUUGCGAGAAAUCGCAAACGACUUCUCUUUGAGCAAAUAUUCUGUGAUUAUCAUUGAUGAAGCUCACGAGAGAAGUGUCAAUACCGAUAUUCUGAUUGGUAUGGCUAGCCGGAUCGUUGAUCUCAGGGAAAGUAUGUGCAAAGAGGACCCUUCAGUCAAGCCUCUAAAAUUAGUUAUUAUGUCAGCUACAUUGCGAAUUUCAGACUUCACCCAGAACAUUCAUCUGUUCCGACAUGGAAUUCCACCACUUAUUCAAGCCGAAGGGCGACAAUACCCUGUCACGGUUCACUUUGCCCGAAGGACUCAUCGAGACUACGUUGAAGAAGCUUUCCGUAAGGUAUCGAGAGGGCAUCGCAAGCUUCCAGCAGGGGCCAUGCUUGUCUUUCUCACAGGGCAAAACGAAAUCAAGCAACUGUCCAAACGCUUGAAACAAGUAUUUAAACCAACACAACGCGGCGAGGAUUUUCAAGGCAAACUCCGGCUCUCUGCAGCAGAUGCUCCGCUCGAGACUGAGGACCUCGAACUAGGAGAUCCAGAUACUGGACCCCAAGGCGAGGAUGAUGACAGUGACAUUGAUAUUGUCGGUCUAGAUGAUGAGCAUGAAGAUGAUGAGGAUUUUGACUUAGGCGAGGAAAGCAUGUCAUCUUCUACCCGUGUUCAUGUGCUCCCAUUAUACUCUCAAUUGCCCACGAAAGAACAGUUGAAGGUCUUUGAGCCACCCCCAGAAGGUUCACGACUUAUAGUCUUGGCUACAAAUGUUGCUGAAACUAGUUUGACUAUUCCCGGUAUCAAAUAUGUUUUCGAUUGUGGAAGGUCAAAAGAAAAGCAGUAUGAUCUUACCACAGGAGUCCAAACGUUCCAGAUUGGCUGGAUAAGUAAAGCCAGUGCAAGUCAGCGGGCUGGUCGAGCCGGUCGAACAGGCCCCGGUCACUGCUAUAGACUAUAUUCAAGUGCGAUAUAUGAGGCAGACUUUCCGGACUACACGGAACCAGAAAUCCUGAGGACGCCCAUCGAAGGUGUCGUACUGCAAAUGAAGAGUAUGGGUCUGCACAAUGUCACCAACUUUCCAUUCCCUACUCCUCCAAGCCGACAGGGCUUGACGAAGGCUGAGAAGCUACUCAAAAAUCUUGGUGCACUCAAAUCCGAUGGUCAAGUUACCGAGUUGGGAAACAAGCUGUCAUCAUAUCCGUUGUCGCCCAGGUAUGGUAAGAUGCUGCAAAUCGGCCAUCAACACGGUUGUAUGCCCUACGUUAUUGCAGUAGUGUCAGCUCUAGCUGUCGGUGAUCUCUUUGUCCAAGAAAGCCAGUCUGAUACGAUGGUAUCCACACUGGGUAAUGGCAAGGAUGGUAUUUACACAAAUUCUGACAGACUAGAGGAUACAGCUCGAGAAAAACGUCGCAAAGACUUCUACCGAGCUCAGCGUUUACUCAGCAAGCAUGAUGACACCUCCGACGCACUGAGAUAUCUGUCUGCAAUCUGUGCGUAUGCGUACGCAUCCGCAUCUGACGAAGAAUCCUUCUGUGAGAAAAUGUUCCUACGUGCCAAAGGCCUCAAAGAAGCAUCUCAGCUCCGGAGCCAACUUGCGGAUAUCGUCCGCACUAAUAACCUUGGUCUGCUAGGGUCAUACGAGUCCCGCCUCCCCGAACCAACAGAGAAGCAAAUCAAAGCUCUCAAACAGAUAGUCACCGCUGGAUUCAUCGACAACGUUGCAAUUCGAGCAGAUAUGUCACCUGAACCUCCAGAAAUGCAACGUAAGCCUCGAGGAGCAGUUGACGUGCCUUAUUAUACUCUCUUCCGGUCUCGCGAAAGCCGGGCUACAGAAGUGGAUGAGAAAGCCGUGUAUAUACAUCCAUCUUCGAUUCUCGCGCAUCUAACACCCAAGGAGAUGCCACAGUAUAUAAUAUACUCUCACCUCCAGCAAUCAACCCCCUCUCACGUCACAGGAAGCAAUGUCCCUAAAAUUCGAAUGUUUCCAUUAGUUGCACCGAGUGGGUUACAACUCUUGGCUCUGGCGCAUGGAACCCCGCUGAUUGAGUACGGAAAACCGAUCGGCAAAGUCGAGGCCUUAACAAGCGUUCCUCAGCGUCGUCAGUGCUUUAUUGUACCUUUGUUAGUUGGAGAACCCGGAAGCACAGGAUGGCCGCUGCCAGCAAAGAAAGUUGUGCAGGUGAAGGACCCGAAGGAAGGCUGGAUUAUUGAAAGGUUUCUUACCUGA